AUUCAGACUAAUUACACAUGUUUAUUCCCUAAUUUUUUAGAAGGAAAUAAUUUUGUUAUGAUGUUUAACAUCGUUAAUUAAUUAAUCACAUACAUAAUAAAACAAUGAUCGGGAGGAUAACUCUCGGCGGAGAUUGGACGCACCGAAAAAAAGAAUCCAUAAAAAGAAAACAUAAAGAAAAUAAAAAUAGACAAUUGAAAAGGGAAAGGAAGAAAUAAUAAUAUAUCAGAAUUAUAGGUCUAGCUGAGAAGAGAUCGCUGACUGGACCUCGUUCUAUCGAUUCGCCUAAAUUACCUCCGCUUCCAUUUGUUGCCUCGGAUCCUCAUGGAUCCUUCACUCUGAUCCUCGAUUUUCCAGUUACUUCCACUUUCUGUUUGGUUUCCUGCAAAUUCAGCAAAGCUUUCUCUUUCGGGGGAAAGUUUGUAGCUUUUGCUGCCGGCUUUGUCUAAUCGGUGAGCUUCCAGAUGCUGAGUGCGUGUACCAGUUCCUUGUUAUUGGGGGUUUUUAAUGGGUUGAUUGGAGUCUUUCCUAUGGAUCUAGGGUUGCUGUUGCUGUUACUGUUGCUUUUUGUUGAUUGUUCUUGCUUUCUAUUGUCUGCAAAUUGAAAGUUGGCUUUCUGAUUUCUGAAGCUUCUAGGUUGCUGGAACUUAAGUUUGUAUGAUUCUUUGAUGAAAUUGUUAGAUGGGAUUGCUUAAUUUGACUGAAUUGGAAGACAAUCGUCAAGUUCUUGAUCCUUAUUGUUGUUUUUCUUAUAGCUGGUUAGAAUGACGACUCCUUCAAGGAAGAGACUGAUGAGGGACUUUAAGAGGCUGCAACAGGAUCCUCCUGCUGGCAUUAGUGGCGCUCCCCAAGACAACAAUAUACUGCUCUGGAAUGCUGUCAUAUUUGGGCCUGAUGACACCCCAUGGGAUGGAGGCACGUUUAAGUUGACACUCCAGUUCUCUGAGGACUAUCCUAAUAAGCCGCCAACAGUACGGUUUGUCUCCAGAAUGUUUCAUCCAAAUAUCUAUGCAGAUGGGAGCAUUUGCUUGGACAUCCUACAAAAUCAAUGGAGUCCUAUAUACGACGUGGCUGCAAUACUCACAUCAAUCCAGUCUCUGCUAUGCGAUCCCAACCCAAACUCUCCUGCGAAUUCAGAAGCUGCAAGGAUGUUCAGUGAGAACAAGCGUGAGUAUAAUCGCAGAGUGCGAGAGAUUGUUGAGCAGAGUUGGACUGCCGAUUAAGGUUUGCUUUUUGGCGUGUAGAUCCAAAAUGGUUUCAGUGUCUCGAGUUUAAAUUCAAUUCCUAUAGGAGAGGACAUCGGGUUGUGGUUGUAUUCCUCCUUGGAUGCUUGCUUGGCUUUGUUGUACUGCUUAAUUACUUGACAUUCUAUCUACUUUUUAGCUAAAAUUUAUGUUGGAACUUGGAAGAGCAGCAAACAGACACUUCUUAAAUUUAUUGUUAAGUGGUUAAUUGUUACACUGUCGACUUUCGUUAGUGAAUCGUUUACAAAACCUCUCGUAUAAUUGUUUUCCGGCUUGAGGAAAAUCUAGCGUUUGAGUUUAAUGCCUUCAUCUUGACUUAUUGAAUAACGAUUAAUAAUACGGUUCACGUCUCUUCGAACAAUGUUUGAACGAAGGUGUUUGAUGAUUUUGAUGGCUUUUGGGACAAAUUAAGUUACGUUACCCUACUCCUAUGGAGGUUCAGUGAGAGCUCCAUAAACUAAAGGCUAUGACUACAUUGCAGAGAAAAAGAUAAAGUUUGAUAUUUGUUGUAAAAUGUUUGGUUGUGGGCUUUUUUUUUUCCAUCUACGUUUAUUCUAUUUAUAGCCAUCGAGUGUAACUGAUAAGGUUAUCGCCUUGGUAACUGCUAGCUGGUUUGUUGCUCCAACCACCUCGAGACUCCUUACCCCAUCUUGGUAACUGCCAACGAGUCGUAUGCUCUAACCACCUUAGGGACCCCUUGUCGUCGCCUGGGUGGCCAAUUGGUAACCGUUGUCUUAGUCUUCACCCUCAUUGCCUUGGGGCUCCUUGCCCAGUCUUGUUGAUUGGUUGAUACAUUAUGCCCUUGAAGCUCGGCCGGGUUGGUGUUGGUCUUGUGACCUUGUCUUGACUGGAUGGAGUUGAAGCCCUUAACCUUGCUUCCAUGAUGAAGUCUCGACCACACCCUUGGUAGCCCCCCAAGACUCCAUACUUAGUUUUGUUGUUAUCGUCUUGCUCCUACUUUUGUUGUCUCUUCGGCUUGAUACCCCCUGCCACCAAGCCAGUCAUGUCGGCCCCUACUACUAAGUCAGCAUUGCCAGUUUGGUCUCUUGCCACCCGCCGGCUUGGUACCCGAGACCACCAAGCCCGUCUUGAGGUUUAGUCUCCAUAUGGCUCCUAUGGGGCUCUACACCAAUUCUCCAUUAAGUUGAUACCCUAUCAGCUCGGUACCUUGGCUGACAAGUAUACUCCCUUGAGGUUCCAUACUUGAUCUUGAUAAUCUAGAGAUACCAAGCCUGUCUUGUCGGUUUGGCACCCUCGUUCUUGGCAACCAAACCUAGUUUAUUGGCUUGGCACCAUGUUGCCUUGCUACCAAGCCUGUCUUGCCAGCUUGGUACUCUGUUGGCUCCAUACUUAGCCAAAUUUCAGGGUUUGGUACAAAGUCCUGCCUUCCAACUUGGUACCGUCUUGGCUCCAUACUUAGCCAUUUUUCCUAUCUUGGUACCACGCCCGCCUUGCCGGCUUGGUACUCUCUUGGUGUCUUGGUAUCAAGCCUUGCCUUGUCGGUUUGGUAACCUCUUGACUCCAUACUUGAUCAAUUUUCAUAUGUUUUGGUACAAAGUGGAAAAAAUUGGGACAAAAAAU